GGAUGUCAGCAAGAGUACAGACACGCCCACAUAAACACGCCCCUACCAAUGAGGAAGAGUCUCGAAGAGAAAAAUCCUCUAUGAUGUCACGCAACCUGGCUAAACCCUGUAAGCUCGGUAUUCACGAACCAUUUUGCGCUUGCUCGUUUUCGUAAUGCCAAGUUAUGGACGCGGCUCGCAGAUGUCAAGCUACGGAAUUUCGUAGUCAUGAAUUCCCAGUAUUUUGAAGUCAGCAAGUAAUGAAUGGUGAAGAAAGGAGCCAUCAUGGAGGGAGUUCUUUAUAAAUGGACCAAUUAUAUGAGUGGUUGGCAGCCACGCUGGUUUGUAUUAGCUGGAGGUACUCUUUCAUACUAUGAUUCCCAAGAAGAUGCCUGGAAAGGAUGCAAGGGCAGUAUCAAGAUUUCCGUAUGUGAAAUACAAGUGCACCCAUCAGAUUUCACUAGAGUUGAUCUGACUAUACCAGGAGAACAAUACUUCUACCUCAGGGCCAUCAAUGCAGCAGAGAGACAGAAAUGGCUGGUAGCUUUAGGAACAGCCAAAGCCUGUCUGACAGACAACCGGACCAAGAAAGAGAAGGAACUCCAGGAAAACACAGAUGCGCUGAAAACCAAGAUGUCUGAACUGAGGCUAUACUGUGACCUUCUCCUUGAACAGGUGAACAAACUCAAGGAGAGUCCUUUGGGUGAGGGGGCAGCUGGCUCUGGAGAGGCAGGGGAAGAAACAGGUAGUCUGGUGAAGUCCACAUGCGCCACAUUCCUGAAGACGCUGGAGGAGUGCAUGCAGAUAGCUGGCCGCACAUUCAGUCCAGACCUGCAGAACCUGAGCCCACUGCCUGUUGCUGCUAUUAAACCUCACAAGAUCAAAACUUCUAACCAAAAAAGUCACCAUUUGGAAGAAAAACAGAAGCGCUCAGUAAAUAACUCAUCUAUUGCAUUACUACCUGUGAAGUUUGGACCAGAUGGAGAACCCCCUCCAUUACAUCCAGGAAACACAUCAGAAUCUUCAGCAGAGAACAGUCUAGUGAUAGUGGAGGAAGAACGUGAACACCAGGUGGCGGUCCAGAGUGCGUCUCACUCUAAUCUUCAGGAUCCUGCUAAGGGUGAACUUCCUACAGGGGAUGCAGGAGAAGAUAUGUGUCCAGAAGUCAUUCACCCAUUAGAGAAACAACAGGAACAGCAACCCCUUCCCCAGGAAAGCCAAGAGGAGGCCCUAGAAGCGCAUGAGCUUGAGUCGGAGGGUAAACAGGAAAAGGAAGAUCAGGUGGAAACAUUCUUCAGUAAUAUGAGCCACAGAUUUAGUGAUAUAAGACUGGAGGACGACAAUGGUAUCCCCACACGAGCCUUUUUGGACUCUUGCUAUGCUAUAGUGCCAGUAUUAGACAAGCUGGGACCAACAGUCUUCGCUCCAGUUAAAAUGGAUUUUGUGGGCAACAUUAAGAAAGUGCAGCAGAAGUUACAGUCAGACCCAGACAACUUCACCACUCUGCAGAGUAUUGUGCUCCAUGAAGUGCAGAUGGAAGUGGCGCAGGUGCGUAACUCUGCCACCGAGGCGCUGCUGUGGCUCAAACGAGGAUUAAAAUUCCUCAAAGAGUUCCUCGCCGAGGUGGACGCUGGAGAGCAGGACAUCCAUGCAGCUUUGAACAAUGCCUAUGGAAAGACACUACGCCAGUAUCAUGGAUGGGUGGUGCGUGGAGUCUUUGCUCUAGCUCUGAGGGCUGCGCCUUCCUAUGGCGGCUUCAUGGCAGCGCUGGUAUGCCAUGAGGGAGAUGAGCUGAAGGAGGGUUUUAUGUCAGGAAUGCACCGUGACCUUACCUUCUACCUACCUGCCAUGGAGAAGCAGCUGGCCAUUCUGGAUGCUCUGUAUGAGGAGUACGGGCUGGAGUCAGAUGAGGUGGUGUGAGACACGAACACUCGCAGAUACUGACGGAGCUCACUCUCUGAGCAGGCACUGUGGCAAGCACAGGACUUCUACAGCUAGCAUUAGCACUCUGAAAGUACAGCCACCUACAUUCUCAAUAAGGGGCCAAAAAUGGACAUUUUAUAGCCUGUGAAGGUUUUUUCAGGGAAUAAACACUUAUUGUUAGGUGGCAGGGUGGAUGCUAAGUGUUCUGUGGCAUUUGGUGACUGGGUCCUUUUGAUACAUCUUUAGGAGUCAGAACAUGCUCUUAAAACAAUAUAGGUUUUUAUGUAUUAACACACAUCUGUGGUAAGUAUACAAAGUUGUUAGUAGAUAUACAAGCCACAGUAUUUGCAAUUGUGAAUUGCAUGUGUAAUUUUAUCUUCCUACCGUCCUUAUUUUUCCUCUUGGUAUGUCAGAUAUUAUUUUGGUAGCACUGACAGUCAGUUAGAAACACAUCCCAUGCCAUAGGCAAGCACAAAGGAUAAAUAUUUCUCUAGUUUCAGCGAUUGUAACAAAGACCUGACAUGACACGUUUUACUGGUGUUUAGCAUGCACGAACAAGGUAAUCGUACUCAAUUACUAGGCUGAAUAAUUGAACUCAAAAUCAUAAAAUCAUUUAUAGUGCCAGGGCAUAUAAUAUAAUACAUAGGACAAUAGGACCAGAUACUAAAAUGAAGGGGGGAAAGAAUCAUUUUAAAUACCUUAAAAUAUUUUGUAUUCAGCACAAUUCAUACUUUAUUUAUUUAUAAAGGACCAAUUUGUACAUUUUUCUAAUAAUUGUAUUUAUUACAUUAUUUACAAAGUAACAAUGACAAGGAUAGAUUAUGUUUACUUGUUAAUGUAGCCAAAUGAACAAUACUGAGCUGUGCAUGUUGUGUUGCAUGGGUUUUUGUUAAUUUUUGUGUUUUAAAUUAAUAGCAAUCAAAACUAAAAUAACUUGUUGAAUCUACUAUCUUAUUAUGUCUUAUUAUGUCUUAUUAUGUCUUAUUAUGUCUUAUUAUUAUUAAGUUACACAUGAUCCAAACUCCUUGUUAUGGCUGUACAAAGCCAAGCCAAACACUCACAAGUUGCAAAAGCGCCAGAUAUACUCUAUUGAUCCAAAAUGCAUAUAGUACCGAAUACUGAUGACUUUCACAUCAUUGAAGUGUUAUAGCAAGUAAUAUUUCACUCCCCCUCGUCAAACUUGUUUUUUGAGAAUGGGUUUUAAAUUAUUUUUAGACAAUAUUUGUUUAGACACAUUUUGAUACCCUGAAACAGUGACAUCAUCUUCUUCUCUAGGCUACUCUAUAGCUGUACAUAAUACAGUAAUAUAUGGAGUAACUUUAUAUAUAUGCAGUACAGUCAUAUAUACGGUAUGUUUAUAUAUACACAGUACAGUCAUAUACAGUAUGUUUAUAUAUACCCAGUACAGUCAUAUAUACAGUACAUUUAUGGCACCUGUGCUAUUCUCAGACGUUCAUUACUGAUGGCAACUUGUCUUGUACUAUGCACUUUUGUGCAUCUAGUCCCAUGCCAUCUCUUUCUUGUAUGACCUAAUCAGCCAUUAGAAGAGGGAAGUCUUGCUGUGUAUAUAAUUAUGUGUAGGUAUAUGUAAGUAAAUGCAUAUAUCAAACCAAAAUUGUCUAACGCUAAAGAAUGUGAUGCAGUGCAUCUGACUUUGCUCUUUGCUCAUUUGUAAUUCAAUUUCUAAUGAAUGAUCCUAUAAACAAACUUGUGUCUCUCUUUGAA